AGGAAACACAAUUUUCUCCUUGUGAUUUUUAGGAAUUGCUGCACAAAGGUACAGAAUCCAAUUUUCAAAGAAUAGCUUAAAUUUCUUGUUGCACAAGGUUACUAUGGUUCGUUCGUGUAACUUAGUUAGGGCCAGUUGCAAAAACCUUGGUGUCAAUUAUUGGCGGUUUUCGAUGUGGUUUUAUUUGGGUGCUGCUUAAGCAGCAGCUAAUUAAUUCAUAGAGGCAAUCUAUACUGAAGGACUGAUGCUAUUUUCAUAACAAUGGAAAAUCCAUACCCAGUUGAAGUUGCAGAUUAUGGGCAAGAAAAUGUUGACAAUAUUGAUAUUAGCAGUCUUAACUGCUGUAAAUCAUGUUCUUCUAUUUUGCAAAUGUCUGAUGAAAUAUUGGUACAAGUAUGCCAAGCAUGUGGGUCUUUGCAGACUAAAAUGGAAACAAGUCUUGUGUGCACUGCAGAUUCCUCAAAUAUUAACAACAGAGUUUCAUCAGAAGACAAUAUUCAAAAUGGCUUCAAAUACAGAAAAUUCCUUGCAAAGGUUUGUUGUGUGUGCAAUGUUUUGAAGCUUCCAGCUGAGGUAAUUGAUCAGAUAACAACACUUGCAGACAGAAGUUUUAGAGACCAACAGCUAAAGAGAAUGAAACUUGGAGCAAGAAUUGCAUCAUGCAUAUAUUAUGUUACUAGGAAACAGCAGUGCCUGAACAUGACAUUUUCCAAAUUGUCUUACACUGUACAGAUUCCAGUACAUGGUAUUUAUAAGUGCCUUAGAAUGUUUAUAAAAAGGCUAGAUCUGGAGCCAUUACCUUUCAUAGGCUAUGUUACCCACCUAGAAAAUAUUUCAAGCUAUGUACCAAGAGCAAGUCAACAAGAACUUAUUGAAUGUGCAAUGAGGAUAGAGUCAGUGGUAAAGAUCAUAAACAAUGGGACAGGCAUAUUGCCUGCAGCUGUAGCUUUGUUAAAGAUUGCAGCAGAUGCAAAAGGGACUCCAUAUAAACUUAGAAAGUUGUGUGAAGAUACUUCUAUAGGUGAAGCGCACAUUGGUAACCUUACACGUGUUAUAAGGAAAAGUUUGUUUGCUUUUGCAGAUAAGAUUCCUUGGAAGCCAAAAGGCCUAACUUUUAGGAACAUUACAAAAUUCUUACCGGAAAUUUUGAGAUAUCAUGAAAAGUUUGGUGAUGAGAAUGAUGAAGAAAUACCAGAUGCAGAAGAUCUUGUAGAUUCUUUUAAAGAAAAGCUGCAGUUUGUUAUUAAAAUGAGGAGGGAAGGUAAAAGUAUUGAAAAGAUGGAGAAUGGAGACCCAGUGCUGGUAAUUAUACAGGAACUCUUGGAUAAAGGAUGCGCAGAAGAAGAAAUUUCGAAUUAUUCCCUUGGAAUAUUGUCAAAAAAGUAUCUUGACUAUGUUAAUGAAAAUGAUUACAGUGAUGAAGAAAUUCCCGAUGAAGACAUAGAUUUACUUUUGAAAGACAAUGUAGGGACAACUAGUUUCACAACAAACAAUUGCUAAAAUCAACAACAAAAUCAACUUUUGGUUAAUUAAUGUUUUUUGAGUUGCAUAACAGGUAUUUUACAUACAUGCUAGUAGCUUUUUUGUCAUCUAGAAAUCUCAAAAAAAGAUUUAACAGUGAUUUUGCACCAGUGUUAAAAUAAUUUGCUAGCCUUGCCAAGGAAUACCGUUGGUGAUAAAUUUUACUUUUUUAAGGAAGAGGGGUUUUAAAAGAAAUAACUUUUACAUAUUGGGAAAAAGUAGCAAAAUUUCAGAGACUUUUUGAUAAAAUAGCCCCUUUGGGGGGG